AUGAGGGAAGUUUUUGCUUCUUGUGACUCGAAAAAAGCUCUUUGUUCAAAACUAGUCACUGACCUUUACCGGGCCCUCAUCAACAACAGCAGCAGCGACAUCACCAGCAGCAGCAGCAGCAGCAGCAGCAGCAGCAGCAGCAGCAGCAGCGCGGCGUACCUGGAGUCGGAGCUGGCGCUGCACCUGUGGGCCAUCGAGGAAGCAAAGGGGGCGCAGCAGCUGCAGCAGCUGCAGCAAUACUUAAAUGUUUUUGUUCCUUGCUUAGUGGGGGGUCUGCUGCCCAGCCAGCUGCCUGCUGCUGAGCGUGCUGCUGCCCGCUGCUGCUGCCGCGCACCAGCAGCAGCAGCAGCAGCAGCAGCAGCGACACAGGCGCCCCCGGCAUCUUCCCUUUCAGAGAAAGACAGGGCAUUACCCACCGUUUGCUGCUGCAGGGGAGCAGCAGCCAGCCGGGGGGGGGCCCCCAGGGGCCCCCGGGGCCCCCGGGACCCUCGGUGGGGCUCCGGUCCCCGGCGGGAGCAGGAGCAGCAGCGGCAGCGGGAGCAGCAGCAGCUAGUCUGUGUGGCGCGCAGGUUGGCGAUCUGGGAAGUCUUGAGUUUGGAACGGGUGGAUUUGGCGUAG